UGAAGUGGUAUUGUGCGCAUGCGCGUUGACGAUUCCCCCAACCCAUUUCUGCCUGGCCACAGACCCACUGUACUUUUUUUCUCCGGCUGUUUUUGACCUACAAAGAGGAUUUCUAGUGUCUUUUAUGAGUAAUCAAAAGCAGCAGAAGCCUACGCUCACAGGCCAGCGCUUCAAAACUAGAAAAAGAGAUGAAAAGGAGAGGUUUGACCCUUCCCAGUUUCAGGAAAGCAUUGUACAAGGCCUAAACCAAAGUGGCACAGAUUUGGACGCCGUCGGAAAGUUCCUUGAUGCCUCCGGUGCCAAGCUCGACUACCGGCGAUAUGCGGAGACGCUCUUUGACAUCCUGGUGGCUGGAGGAAUGCUGGCCCCGGGAGGAACUCUGGCAGAAGACAUGACCCCCACCGAGUUCUGCCUCUUCAAAGCACAAGAGGACAUAGAGACCAUGCAGGCGUACGCACAGGUCUUUAACAAGCUCAUCAGGCGUUACAAAUACUUGGAGAAGGGAUUCGAGGACGAGGUCAAAAAGCUGCUGCUGUUUCUGAAGGGCUUCUCCGAGUCCGAAUGUAACAAGCUGGCCAUGCUGACGGGAAUCCUGCUGGCCAACGGCACCAUCUCCGCAUCCAUCCUCAGCAGCCUCUUCAACGAGAACCUGGUUAAAGAAGGUGUGUCGGCAAGCUUUGCCGUAAAACUCUUCAAAUCCUGGCUCUCUGAGAGGGACUUCAACUCCGUGGCUGCCAGUCUCCGAAAGGUCGGCAUGGACAACAGGCUACUGGAACUUUUUCCUGCCAACAAGCGCAGCUGCGAACACUUCUCCAAGUACUUUAAUGACGCCGGGCUCCAGGAGCUGUCAGGCUUCGUCAAAAACCAGCAGUCCAUAGGAACUCGCAAGGAGCUGCAGAAGGAGAUCGAGGAUCAGAUGUCCCGCGGAGACCCGCUCAAGGACAUCAUCGCUUACACCCGGGAGGAGAUCAAGAAGAACAACAUCUCUGAGCAGACCAUGAUCGGCCUCAUCUGGGCCAGCGUGAUGAGCUCCGUGGAGUGGAACAAGAAGGAGGAGCUUGUCACGGAGCAAGCCAUCAAGCACUUGAAGCAAUACAGCCCUCUUCUGAAGGCGUUUACAUCCCAGGGCCUCUCUGAACUCACUCUCCUGCUGAAGAUCCAAGAAUACUGUUAUGACAACAUCCACUUCAUGAAGGCCUUCCAGAAAAUAGUUGUUCUGCUGUAUAAAGCGGAUGUUUUGAGCGAGGAACCGAUUCUGAAGUGGUACAACGAAGCCCAUUUAGCCAAAGGAAAGAGCGUUUUCCUGGACCAGAUGAAAGCGUUUGUGGAGUGGCUGAAGAACGCAGAGGAAGAAUCAGAGUCUGAGGAAGAGGAGGACGCAGACUGAGGCCUCGAUGCAUAUUUUCAAGUGGAGGAAACGGAGGAAGCCGUUUGUGUUUGAAGUUUAUCCACUCCGUCUGUUCUCUACCUCUGCACAUUUGUUCAGCCGUCACUGAACUCUUUGGACUGCUCUCUAAUUGAAUCGCCACUUUCAAGCCUCUUCCUCAAGCAGCCAUGUCGAUGCCACCGUUAGAGAAGUCGAUUGAAACAUCUGUAAUGCUCCAGAAGAGCUUUUUUUUUCUCCUAGAAACAUGGUUUCCCUUUAAGAGAUGCUGGUUUGACAGCAGAUUUCGGUUCCUGGUUUUAGGCCUGGUGCUCCUUUUUGCCCGUUUUUUUGUGUGUGGCCAUGAUUUACUGGUUUUCCAGUCCUAUUGCAUCUCCACCGGUUCUGUGACAGUCAAGUUUCCUGCCAAGUCUGCCUGGGCCGUCGUUGGUGGAGCUGUGCCAUUUUAAGCAGCCAUGCUGACGGUGGUCAACGAGGCCACAAAGAAACGUUUUUAUCUCUCAAUCUUACUGGCUUUGUAAGGUUUUUCUCCUUUGGACACAUUUUGAAAUAAACGACAGGUAAAUACUUCUCA